AAAAGUCGCCCCAAUGGCAGAGACGACUCAGACCAACAAAGCACUACUGACGCAGAGACUCUUCCCAAACAAUGGAAGCUAUGGCGAUGCGGCUUCGAUCGGCCAUAGCUAUUUCUCUCCUCGCUUCUCUGUAUUUAGUUGCCGGAUCGUCUUCUUCCGAGCUUCAGAUCGUCAACGCUGAACGCAGAGUAGACCUGACUUCUCACAUUGUUCGGACUUACCUGACUUUGAAGGUUGAAAAUUUAGGAGAUUCUCCGGCUUUGGAAAUCCUUCUCUGUUUCCCACCAGAACAAGCUGAUCAUCUAGCGGUUGUAAAAGCAGCAGCCGUGUCUGGCAAGAAGAAAAAGACAUCUUAUCUGCCACUUGAGGUGAAGCAAGCUGACCGUCCUGAUGGGCCAAAUGGAGCUAAAUACUAUUCUAUAUCUUUGCUUAAGUCAUUGAGCAAAGGCGAAUCUGUCUCCGUCGAAGUACUCUAUGUGCUCACCCAUUCGCUUGCACCUUUCCCAGUAGAAAUAAGCCAGUCUGAUCCGCAGCUAGUGUACUUUCAUGAUAGUGCUAUAAUACUAUCUCCGUAUCUUAUUAAACAACAAGUUACAUUUAUAAAGACACCAAGUGCUAAGAUUGAGUCCUUCACAAGUAUGGAGCCAACUGAUCAUGCUGGGGCACAAAUAAAGUAUGGGCCAUAUGAGGAACGACCCCCAUAUUCUUACUUUCCCAUAAUUGUUCAUUUUGAGAAUAACAAUGCAUUUGCUGUUAUUGAGGAGCUUGUACGUGAAAUUGAAAUAUCUCACUGGGGCAGUAUCCAGAUAACUGAGCAUUACACUUUAAAGCAUGCCGGUGCUCGGCACAAGGGUGUUUUCUCAAGGGUUGAUUACCAAUCUCGACCAUCUCAGAGUGGUGUUUCAUCAUUCAAGAACCUCCUUGCCGAAUUACCUCCUAGAGUUCACUCAGUGUACUACAGGGAUAGUAUAGGGAACAUUUCUUCCUCUCGUUUGCGCACAAAUGCAAAGAAGUCAGAGCUUUUGAUUGAGCCACGAUACCCUUUAUUUGGAGGUUGGAAAGCCACCUUUGUCUUAGGAUAUGUGGUUCCAUUGAAUGACUUUCUUUAUGAAUCCGCUAAUGGUGAUCGCUACCUAAAUUAUAGUUUUGGGCCCCCUCUGGCAGAAACUGUUGUUGACAAGAUGACCAUCAAGGUGGUCCUUCCAGAAGGUUCCAAGAACCCAUAUGCUGUGGUACCUUUUCCUACUGAACAGAGAUUAGAGAAGAAAUAUUCAUACCUUGAUGUGGUGGGGAGGACUGUGGUGGUCCUGGAAAAGAAAAAUGUAGUUCCUGAGCACAACUCUCCUUUCCAGGUUUACUACCAGUUCAGCCCAAUUUUCAUGCUUGCAGAGCCACUGAUGUUGACUGGCGCCUUUCUCCUUUUCUUCUUCGCUUUUGUUACUUAUUUGCAAAUGGAUCUCUCCAUCCGCAAAAUCAAGAACACAUAACGGUAACGUAUCACGACACUUCUUCCACUAGUGGGGUCAAAACUCUCUAGAUUCAAGGUAGAAUACAUUACAAAGUUGAUGAUGAAAACUUAUCAAUCAGUCUCCCCGGCCCCUUUUAUUGGGAGAGAAGUCACAUUCCUCAUUGUCUUUGUGAUAUAUGUAACGACGUCAUAUUACAGGUGUUCUUUGGGAGAGUAGAAACUCAUUGUCCCGGCUCCUUCUUGAACCCAAUAGUCAUUUGCCCCCUUGUGGGUAGUAGAUGAUAUUAAUGACAUUUCUCGCAACUCAAUGUUCCUCUCUUUCAUAUCAAACUUACCACUUCUAAUUCUUCCGUUGGGAGUUCCCGAAAGAAAUCUACUCUUACCAC